CACCGGCAUGGAACCACGGAAUUCCAGCACCACGCGUCUCCUCCCCGCCGUGCCCACCCCCUAAAGGGCCGAAUUCUCAGAAGAACACCAUCUUUGCAUCUUUCGCAUCCGCAUCCCACGCUCCCUCGCAAGAAACGCACGACGACGCAAAAACAGGCCCGCAAAACAAAACAAAGCAAAAGUGGCGAAAACAACGUUCGAUUCCAUCAUCCCCAUGGACUCGGGUACGCCGACGGUAUCCGGUCCCCGGCGGCGUCGCUCCCGCUUCACAUGUCGCCGCCUCGAUAAGCUGUGCUGUCUGGUCGCCGGCUACUUCCCGCUGUUCUUCGUGUACGGCGUGACCUCGUGGGCGCUCUACACCGAGGCCUACAGCAUCGGCUACCGCACUCUGGGCGGCUUUCAAGGCCUGUUUUGGGGGGGCCUCGGUGUGCUGUUCUAUGUUCUGCUGAUGUGGUCGUACACGCACGCCGUGUUCACCAGUCCCGGGACGCCGAUGGACAAUAAGCACGCCUACUCGCACCUCCCCACCACCGAAUCUAUCUCCACCUCUUCCGUCACGGUAAAAUCCGACGGCCAGGAGCGCUUCUGCAAGAAAUGUCAAUGCCGCAAGCCUGACCGAACCCAUCACUGCUCGUCGUGCCGCACCUGUGUACUGAAGAUGGACCACCACUGUCCGUGGCUAGCGAACUGUCUCGGGCUACGUAACUACAAAGCAUUCCUGCUGUUCCUAAUCUACACUUCGCUGUUCUGCAUGGUGUGUUUCGCCGCUUCGUUGAAGCUCGUCUACCAAGAGCUAUUCGCCAACGGCCCACCGGCAGACGGGCAGCCCAACCCCAUCGACGACCUCGCGCCGAUCAAUUGGGUUCUCCUCCUCGUGAUCUCGGGGAUCAUCGGCCUGGUCAUAACCGGCUUCACGAUCUGGCACCUGAUGCUCACCGGCAGCAACACGACGACCAUCGAAUCCCUCGAAAAGGUGCGGUACACUGCGCCGUCGCUGCGCAACGGCGCACCCCCGCCCGGAGCCCGCCUGCUGGAUGACUACUCCACGCCGCACCACGAAGCGAACCGCUACGGCGCCUACCUCCUCGAAGAGUCCUCCAAGAAGCUGCCGCACGCCUUCAACCUCGGGCGGCGCCGAAACUUCGCGCAGGUCUUUGGCGGUAAGGAAAAGUGGCUUCUCUGGUUCUUCCCGGUAUUCUCUGGUGUCGGCGACGGCUGGAACUGGGAGACGAGCAAGUCGUGGCAAGACGCGGCGAUCGCGCUGCGCGCAGAGCGCGAGAAGUGGCUGCGCGAGCAGGGCGAGCGCGAGCGCGCCGCGGGCUGGGGCUACGAUCCGGCUGAGGAGCAGGCGUGGAAUAGAGGCAAUCCAGACGGCCUGGUCAAGUUUGCGGGCUCGGCGCCGCCGCAGCCCCAGCCCCAGCCGCAGCCGCAACACAAGCGUGCAAGGUCAAAGGCGGAUAAGCUCCUAGGCCGCACCCCGGGCGCGUACACAGAUUCGGAGGGCGUGCCUCUGAGGAAGAUGAAGCGUCCGCCGAGUAUGCAUGCGGUCGAGACGGACUCGGAUGAGGAGAGCGAUGACGACGUGCAGUUGAAACUGAAACCCGUCCGGUGGGGCCGCGGGAAGAAGCCACAUCCCCAUCCGCAUCCGAAUAAUGACGAUGCGGAGUGGGGGACUUGGAAUUGAGUCCGUGGAGUGGAGUUGGCGCAGAGUAGAUGGGUGCUAUGUAUUUUUAUGCGGUGUGGCGAUGCGGCGCGGGGAUUCCGACGGGCGUGGGGCGUGUGGAUGGAUGUUUGAUUUUUGCAUGUUUGGUUGCGGUUGCGGUUGCAGGGCUUGCCUUUUGCGUUUUCUGGGGUCUCUUCUUCUUCUCCUUAUUCUCCGCCUUCUUCUUCACCGUUGUUUUAUACCUUUCGUUGGUCACAUGCAAUUGAUGAUUAAACAAAGGAAAAAACAAAUAUGUGCCCCUGAUUCCUGAAAGCACUGGAGUGGAGUCUGGUGGAAUUCCUAAGGGUAGAUCGUUAGCCAGCUGG